AUGCGCUUCGCCACCGUCACCGCCCUCUUCGCCGCCGGCGCCCUCGCCGCCCCGGCUGCUCAAGCCCAGGCCCCCUACUCCGAGACAAUCGCGAUCAGCGACUUCUCGGUGCGCAGGACGGUCGAAAACAAGCCGACCAACGUCAACUUCAAGAUCAACGGCGGCGCCGCCUCGAACCUGUCCUGCAGCCUUGACAACCCGGAGCUUCCCACCUCCGCCAUCGCCAAGUGCGGCGACAGCGUCUACUCCUUCGCCCUCGUCAAGGGCAAUGCCACCGACUACGGCGUCCGCCUGUACAAGGAGCUCGGCCCCGGCGUCGGCCUGUACGGUGUGGGUGACGUCUUCACCUACUGCCACACCGGCGGCCGCGGCGACCUGCUGUGCACCCAGGUUGCUACUGCUUCUGUUGUCAUUGACAGCGCUUAA